AUGUCUCCCAACGUUCUCCGGUGGUUUAGCCUCGUCGCUCUUCUCUGGCUUCAAUCUAUCAACGGCACCAACUUGAGUUUCCCUGCUUACUCUUCACAGCUCAAAGAGUUUCUCUCUAUCUCUCAGUUUAAGCUCAACUACCUCUCUUUCGCCUCCGACGCUGGAAAAGUCCUAGGCUUCAUCUCCGGUAUCGCCGCCGUUCACCUUCCUCUCCCCCUGGUCCUUCUCGUCGGAGGCUCUCUAGGUUUCGCCGGCUACGGUCUUCAGUAUCUCUCCAUCGUCAAAAAGAUGUUCACGUUAUCGUUUUAUCAAAUCUGGGGCCUGAGUUUCUUGGCCGGAAACAGUAUCUGCUGGAUCAACACGGCUUGUUACAUCGUAGCUAUCAACAGCUUUCCGGUGAAUCGUCAAGUAGCCGUGGGGAUCACGGCAAGUUAUCAAGGUUUGAGCGGGAAAAUAUACACCGACAUAGUCCACACCUUCUUCUACUCGUCUCAACGUGAAGCCGCUUCAGGUUAUCUUUUGCUCAACUCUCUAGUUCCUUUGGUAUGUUGUGUCGUGACCGCUCCUAUUUUGAUGAGAGAAGCAAAAGCGACGUCGUACUCGUCUUGGGAUGUUAAAGUGGGUUUUAUCUUUCUGUUCGCUGUGACUAUAGCCACGGGGAUAUACGCCGUGGCUACGAGUCUUCUCCCGGCUCCUGCGGUUGUAGUACUCGUAGGCAUUGUUUUGUUUCUUCUUGCUCCUUUGGCUAUUCCAAUUGGAGUUAGACUCGACGAGCUUAUGUCUUGUAGAAGAAGUCAACAAAAGGUAUAUGACUUUGAAGCUCCUAUUGAAGAAGAUCAAAAGAAAGAAGAAGAAGAGUUUGAUGAGAAGGCGAUAGUUGGAGUUAAAGAAGAGGUCGAGUGGACUAAACUAUGGAAGAAACUCGAUUUUUGGAUAUAUUUUGGACUUUAUUUGUUCGGUCCAACGGUUGGGAUGGUGUUUAUGAACAAUCUUGGUCAGGUCGCUGAGUCUCGUGGCUGCGCUGCGACCAGCUCCUUGGUCGCUCUCUCGUCAUCGUUCGGGUUUUUCGGCCGCUUGCUUCCUUCCUUACUCGACUACUUCCUCUCUAGGAACAAAUACAUGCCAUCAUGUCCGGUUUCUAUGGCGGUCUCACUGGUAGCAAUGGUUGCUUCGUUUUUACUCCUCCUCAUUGACUCCGACAUCGCUCUCUACAUCAGCACGGCAAUGAUCGGUGUAUUUUCCGGAGCAUUGACUUCUCUCUCUGUCACAAUGACUGCAGAGCUUUUUGGGACAAAACACUUUGGAGUUAACCACAACAUUGUUGUUGGAAGCAUUCCGAUUGGUUCUUUCGCUUUCGGGUUGGUUGCUGCUAAAGGUUACCGUGAUGGAGCUGCCUUCGACGGACGUUUUGACGGAAAAUGUUAUGGAAUGUAUUGCUUUCAAACCACUUUGAUCUUUUGGGGAAUGCUCUGUUCUUUAGCCGCCGUUCUCGCUGCCGUUUUAUAUAUACGCAAUCGCAAGUUCUACUCGCAUAAGCCGUAG